ACAACCAUCAUAUAUCGAAAAAAUGGCGAAUUAAUUUUGAGAUUUGAGUUGUUGUUUGGUUUGGUUUGAAUAGUAAAACAGAUUUUAACAAUUUGAGAAACAAAUUACGAGUGCUAGCAAUAAACGAAAGUGAAGAUAGCAGAGCACUAAUAAACAUUUCAAUCAGAAAGGAAUUGAAAUUUCUAAUUUUUCAUCGGAUUCGAUUUUGAUUUGGCCUAACGACAUAUUCAACUUUAACUACUGGUUUUUCAGGCUAAAUCAUUCCAACCAAAAUGCCUAACAACAAUUCCAACAUAAAGGAAGAACCGGAUGAAGAUAUCGAAGACGACGGUGAAGAAAACGAACCAGCCCCAUUUGCCGCUGCAUUAGGUCUUCAUAGGGUUGGCAGUGCUCCGCCGAAAAAGCCUCAGCAGCAGCCAAUUCAAGCGUUAAAUGCCCGUGGUAUGCCAGCAAGAAUUCGUAAAAAGAAUAAAUUGUUCUUCGAUGACGACAUUGUGAACGAGAAACCUCAGCGUACGUCACCAAUAAAACGGCCAGUUCGAACGGAGCCGGUGAAAUCGCCAACCAAAUCUGCCAAGAAGCGCAGAAUGACACCAUCAAAGGCUACGAAAGUGAAAGAGGACACAAAGGACAGUGAUGAUGAACCAGCUGAAAAGAGCAAAUCAACCGUUGCGACAUUCGAUCGUGUCGGAUCGCAACGUAUUGGAUUACGUCUACGAAAUAUCUUGAAACUGCCAAAGGCCCACAAAUGGGUGGGCUACGAAUUUUUCUACAGCUAUCUGGACCGACCGUUGUUCGAGAGUGAAAAUGAUUUUCAGAUUUGCUUGCACGAUUUCUUUCCGGCUCUAACCAACCGACAACUAACUCGCAUCGAAUGGAAUAAGGUUCGAAGAUUGAUGGGAAAGCCUCGCAGAAGUUCACAAGCAUUCUUCGACGAGGAGAGACACGAGUUGGAACGGCGCAGACAGAAAAUCCGGUUGUUACAGACCCGUAAAUCAGCCGACUUGGAAUUCGUUCGAGAUUUACCAAAUGAAAUUCCGUUGCCAUUGCCAAUAGGCACCAAAGUCACUGCUCGUUUGCGACAUCCACAGGAUGGUAUGUUUACCGGAAGCAUCGAUGCAUUUGAUUCCAUGUCCAGCAUCUACAGGAUAACAUUCGAUCGCGUCGGUCUUGGCACGCACUCUGUUCCCGAUUUUGAGGUGGCUGCCAACGAAUUCAUCGAAUCGAUACCGUUGAAUACCAUCACCAAAGACUCUCGUCCAAAGAACAAUUCGCAGUUGAACCGUAAACUUGGUCUGCUAUCGGGCAGCAAAAACGAUCCACUACUUGGCUCCGAGAUAUACAACAACAGCAAAUUGAAGUCGAUUAUGAUGUCGAAGGAGUCGAUUGGUGGUUUUCAGCUAAAACUGCUCGAGAUGGUCAUACGUACGAAAAAGACGAUCGCUGCUAAGCAAAUGAAAUUGGUUCGUUUGAAAAGCAUGAAUGCUGAGGCCGAGAUGUUGAAGUCAGCCGGUGAUAUCGUGCCGGAUGAUUUUCAACGACGCUAUGCCAGUAUGUUGAUUGGAAUGGAGAAAUUGAAUGGUGACUUGGCCAAAUAUUUGAGUCAAAUUCAAACAUUGUCAAGAGAUCUGACAAAAGAGCCAUUGAUCGCUGCAAUGUUGACUCCGAGCUACCUACGCGAACAGUGCAAAUCGUUGGCACAGGAAACGGUUGAAAAGAACAAUCAGGCGGUGAAGGACGAGUCAAUGUUACGCUUGAUCACCGAUCUAGCAACCAUUAUGUGGGUGGCAUCCAAUUUGAGCAGCGACGAGGGUAGCUCGAGUGCACGUACUGUAUUGGAUGUUUGCUUGGAAGAGGCUAAAAGUCGACUAGAUCCGGAAAAUAUUGUUUCGUUCCAGAGAAACGUUCAAGUUCAUCUAAGACAUUUGGAUAAUGAUCUUCAGGGGAACACCAAUUGAUUAGCUGAAUUCGUAAAUGUGUUCUACGAAAAUGUGUAAAUUAAUUUGUCUGUUGAGCCGAAAACCAGAUUCUGUUCAAUUAAGUCGAUCAGUCCUGAUUCGUGGUAUCGCUGGACAGAGCAACAGGAUGGACGUCGCUGAACAACAUUUGGCUUUUUUUUCUUUUAAAUUCUUACGUUUAGUGACAAGUUUAAUUGUUAUUUUAAUCGCAUUCAACGACAUUAAAUAAAUCAGAUUUAUUCAACAUA